AUGUGGCGCCACGCCGGCCUCAUCUACUCGGGCUCUUACACAACCGUGGUCGACACGUCGGCGCCCAUGGAGACGAUUCCCAAGUGGUUCGACGGCACGAGGUUGAAUUUCGCAGAGAACAUUCUAUAUUCCGUGGACCCUGCAGAUCACGAGAAGAGAGCGAUGUACGGCAAGGAAGACGACAAGAUCUGCGUGACGGAAAUCCGCGAAGGAAAUACCGAAGUCGCCCACCUUACCUGGGGCCAGGUACGCCGUCGCGUGGGCCUUCUGGCAAAUGCGAUGCGUGCUCGCGGGGUGAAGAAGGGGGAUCGCGUCGCCAUUGUCGCCAGCACGAGUUUCGAUACCUUCAUCUGCUUCAUGGCGAUUACGUCCCUGGGAGGCCUGUUCUCCAGUAGUUCUACGGACAUGGGGACCAAGGGGAUAUUGGAGAGGUUGCUGCAGAUACGGCCCAAGUGGGUGUUUAUGGAUGACUGGGCAGUGUAUAACGGCAAGACGAUCGACCUGAGACCUAAGAUGAGGGAGAUUGUGGCCGGCAUGAGAGAUGUGGAGGAGUUCCAGGGCAUGGUGUCUCAGCCGAGGUUUCCUGGAAAACCGGCAGGACUUGAGGGGAUUGAGAGGACGGUUACGUUGGAAAGGUUUUUGGAGGGGGCGAGAGGAAAUCAUGAGUUGGUGUUUGAAAGGGUGGAUUUCAGAGAUCCGUUCCUCAUCGUGUACUCUUCGGGAACAACUGGAGUGCCCAAAUGUAUCGUGCACUCUGUAGGCGGCGUGCUCAUCAGUGUCAUGAAGGAGGGGAGGUUGCAUAGGGAAUGGGGCCCUGAGACCGUGGUUCUGCAAUACACCACCACUGGCUGGAUCAUGUACCUCGCCUCCGUCCAAGCGCUUCUCUUCGGCUGCCGCACCAUUCUUUACGACGGCUCCCCGUUCAUCCCCAACCUCACCCGCCUCCUCGAAAUCGUGUCCGAGCAACGCGUCACCGACUUCGGCACCUCCCCCCGCUACCUCCACGAGCUGCAAAAGAACAGCAUCGUCCCCCGCAAGGUCGUCGACCUCUCCGCCCUUAAAGCCGUCGUCACAACAGGCAUGGUGCUCUCCGACUCGCUCUUCGAGUGGUUCUACGACACCGGCUUCCCUCCCACGGUCCACCUGAAAAACAUCUCCGGCGGCACCGACCUAGCGGGCUGCUUCGGCAUCGACAACCCGCUCGACCCCGUCUACGUCGGCGGCUGCCAGGGCCCGUGUCUAGGCACCAAAGUCGAAGUCUAUGACUCCACCAUCGAAUCCGGACCCGGUCGUGCACUUCCCGACGGCGAACCCGGCGAACUCGUCGCCACGGCCAGCUUUCCCAAUCAACCCGUCUUCUUCUGGGGAGACGAGACGGGCGAGAAGUACCAGAACGCGUAUUACACGCGGUACUCGUCGCCGCGCGUCUGGACCCAUGGCGACUUCAUCCAGAUCCACCCCGUCACCCGGCAGAUCCUGUUCUUGGGCCGCGCGGACGGCGUGUUGAAUCCGUCGGGUGUGCGGUUCGGGUCCAGCGAUAUCUACAGCGUCGUGGAGACGCAUUUCCCCGAGGUGCAAGAUUCGUUGUGUGUGGGACAGAGGAGGCCGCAGGAUCAGGAUGAGUCUGUCAUUUUGUUCCUGAAGAUGAAUGACGGGUUUGCGUUUACGGAGGAGUUGGUUCAGAGGAUCAAGGGGAAGAUUGCGGAGGAGAGGAGUAGGAGGCAUGUGCCCAAGUAUGUGUUUCAGACUUGGGAGAUUCCGACGACGGUGAAUCUGAAGAAGGUCGAAUUGCCCGUUAAGCAGAUUGUCUCGGGUCGAACCAUCAAGCCUAGCGGGACGUUGGCGAAUCCCGAGAGCUUGAAGUUUUACUAUCAGUUCGCCAAGGUGGAAGAGGUGCUGGAGAGGUUGGAGAAGGAGAAGAGACAGAGACAGAGCAGCAAGUUGUGA